UUUUUAGUAAGAAACUGUAUGAUUAUAAGAAAUAAAAAUAAAUAAUAUUUCGAAAUUUAUAAAGUAUUAUUAUAUUUCUAUUAUUAUAUUAUUUAAUUUUAUGUUUGAAUAUAAUUACUUUAAUGAAUAUAAUUUACUACCAUAUUCUAAAAAGUGUACCAAAAAUAUAAUUAAGCAUUACAUGUAAUUUUUCUUGUCACAUUUAACCAUAAGUAAUGUCAUCAUUUAUAUCAUGCCAUAUCACAUUUAUUUAGUGAAAAUGACUGUACAAAAGAGAUGUGUCAAAAUCACUUUGCAAAUAAUGUCUAAGGGAUUUGAAAAGUAUUACAAUAUCUGAAGAAGCCACGUGUCGUCAUCGAAAUAAUUUAAAGAAAUAGGUUGGUCCAUCUAAAUAUAUACUAUUUUUUCAUAAACUAACCAUAAACUCAAUUAUCAAUGUUCUUCAUACUUUUCUUAGAUAAAAAUUACUAAAUUACCUAAUGUGAUUAAAGUAUAUAUGACAAUUAAUGAUUUAUAAUAAUAAAUUCUCAUUUAAGAAUGCUUUGAUCAAAAAUACAACUAAUUAUAAAAUCAUAUAAGUAGAAAGUCUCAUUUAAUAAGUAUUCAUAUUAAAAUAUAUAUAUAUAUGAUUUUUAGGUACAUAAAUAUUUUAAUUUCAGAAUGCUUUGAUCAAGUACCGAGAACUUCAUAUUUCAAUUUUGAACAUUUUAUAGGAUUUUUAAAAAUGAUAAUAAAUUACUAAACUAUUAAAUUUCACACAUUGAAAAUUUUGUUAUUAGUGUAUUAGAGUUUUUUUUUAAAGAUACAAAUAAUCAUAAAACAGGUGAGUAAAAAUCUUCAUUUAUAGAUCAGCCAUAUUAAAAAUACACUAUAUCAAUGCUAAUAUCAUUUAAAUUUAAUUAUAUACCGUAUAAAAUAGGUUAAAUUAUUGUUUGAAUUUAUAAAAUAUUGUAAAUAAAAAAAUUGAUUGUUUUGAUUUAUGUACUCACACCAAUUUUAUUAUAUAGGUAAUAGUUACUAACUUCUUAAAUUUUUUAAUAUAUAUUAAUUAUUUUAUUAUUUCUUUUUGACUUUAUUAUUUUAAAACACACAAAAAGCACAUUGUCAUCAGACAUGAAUUUCUCAUUACCAAAUGUAAACUUAAAGACAAUAAACAACAAUGUCAACAUACAUAGAACUAAACACACACAAAGAACUACAUAGAACAAUGUCGACGUACAUAGAACCAAACAACAAUGUCGACAUCAACGCCUAGCUUGCUACAUCUUUCUUGCAAAUGUCACAAUACAAACACACACAAGGCACACUGUCAUCAAAGCUUUCUAAUUCCUGAUUUCUAUCUUGCUCUUUGCUAUUUGUAUGUGAGGAGGUUGAAGAUGCUAUUCCUUCAAAUCUUCAAUAAAAGUCUUUAACUCAUCAACUUCGGUUAUAGUAGUAUUUUCCCUCUCAAUGAUUUUGAGUUUGGGAAUAGCAUCUUCAACCUCCUCACAUACAACAUCCUCAAUCCACUUAAAUAAAUGCUCUUAAUUCAUGAUCAAAUUAGAUAUCUUUCUGUCUUUUUUUUUUUUUGAAACACAGAUAUCUUUUUGUCUAAAUAACUAAACAACAUCUAAGAAGCUUACAUCUUUUUUACUUUUUUGCUUAUACAACAGUAGAAAAGUCUUCAUGGAUUAGCUUGUGUCUUCGAUAGUAAAAGUACCACACGUAAUCUACACUCACACUUCGUUGGGAACCCAUGAUCUCCUACUCCAGAUUGUAUCUCUGAAGAUGAACUUAUCAUGAAAUCGAGACAAAACUUUGAAGAAAUUUUUUAGUUUUCGAUUUUUAGAGAAUUAGGGAUUUAGUUUUCGAGAAGAAAGAAUUUUACGGGUUUUCUAAUUUACAAAAUGACAGAAUGUUAGUUUAACAAAGAUUAUAAACGAAGAUUAACCCGUAUAUUCAAUCUGCUACCUCAGUAACAACGUUUUAAAAUUGGUUUAGUCAAAUUAACUCGAGGCUUUAAGUGGUUGGUUAGUCAAGAUAAAUUGGUGAUUUAAAUGGUCCAAGGAAAAAUUCAUGUUUUUCAACCAAAAUUUGAAAGCUCAAAAUUUAAAAGAAUAAAUUUCUCAAUUGUUAGGAGAUAAAAUUAGUAAAAGUUAGAAGUAAAAAAAAAAAAGAAAAAAAGUGCUGACCAGAGUGAAAAGAAAAUAAAAAGCCAAAAUGAGAGGAAAAAAGAGAAAGAAAUCCCCUUUUUAUUUGUUUUUUUCAAAAGAAACUUGUGGCUGAGAACCCUAAAGACUAUUGACGUGGCACACUGGGCGAAUCAAAAGGUUGUACAAACUCGCGAGAUCACAGCUUAACUGUAAUCUUUUCUCUCCCAUACACAAAAAGAAAAUAACUAAACAAAUCGACCAGAAACAAAAAAAAAAAUCAGACAACCACCGAAACAGAAGACAGGACAGUCUUUUCUUUCUCUCGCUGUCUUCUCAAAAGUUUCCGCUUUUUCUAUAUUCUCGCUGGAGGACAAGAAGAAAAUUGAUGUCUGAUCCGGCGAUGAAGCUAUUUGGGAAGACGAUUCCUUUACCUGAGCUUGUCUGUGUUGAUUCUUCUUCUAGCUAUACCGAACAUCAACACCAGAAUCCAGUUCGGUUAUCAGAUUCUUGUACCGGAGAUGAUGAAGAGAUGGGUGACUCCGGUUUAGCAGGAGAUGAUGUUUGGUUUCACGGUGGAGACAGCGAGAGUGAAAAGGAAGAGAAAGCUAAUCAGUGUGGGGAAGAAUCUAGUAACGUUACUAUGGCAUCAUCUACAAAGACGGAUGAAGAGUCGUCGUCACAGAACAACGAGACUUGCUCGCGAGAGGGGAAACUAAAGAAACCCGACAAGAUUCUGCCUUGCCCUCGAUGCAACAGCAUGGAGACCAAGUUAUGUUACUACAACAACUACAACGUUAACCAGCCUCGCCAUUUCUGCAAGAAAUGUCAGAGAUAUUGGACAGCUGGUGGAACUAUGAGGAACGUUCCUGUUGGUGCAGGGAGACGCAAGAACAAGAGCUUGGCUUCUCAUUAUAACCGUUAUGUAGGCAUAACAUCUGCGGAAGAUAUGCACAAGGCAGCGGCAAGAACCGAUCCUAAUCUCAUGACUAUUGGAUCUGAUUCAGUCCUUUGUGAAUCCAUGGCUUCAGGUUUGAAUCUUGCUGAAAAGUCAAUGUUGAACACACAAACCGGACUGCAAGAAGAACCCAAUGAAGGUUUGAAGAUUACCGUUCCUUUAAAAAACAAGGAGACUGUAGCAAUCAGCCCAAGAACGUGGACGGUAUUACCGUUUUACCCUCCACCAGCUUACUGGAGCUGCCCGGGGGUUUCACCAGGGACAUGGAACAGCUUCACUUGGAUGCCACAACCCAUUUCACCAUCUGGUGGGUCUAGUCCAUAUUCCCCAACACUUGGUAAACAUUCACGAGACGAGAGCAUUGCUGAACCAGGAACAAAAAGAAUAUCCGGGAGAUGCCUGUGGGUUCCCAAGACGCUGAGGAUCGAUGAUCCAGAGGAAGCUGCUAAAAGUUCGAUAUGGGAAACACUGGGAAUCAAGAAGGACGAAAAGGCAGACACUUUCAGGGCUUUUAGGUCAUCACACAAAGUAAAAAGUUGUCUUUCUGAUGGAAAACUUCCGGGAAGACGACUGGAACUGCUAGCUAAUCCUGCUGCUCUUUCAAGGUCAGCGAAUUUCCAUGAAAGCUCAUAGAAUGAAGAUGAAACUAAGCAGAUGAUUUGAUUGUUUUGGGUUCAGUCUUGUGUCCCAAGAAAAGCAGGUGAGUCCUUUUGUAAAUAUAGCUAUUUAUAUAUAAUGGUUGACAUAGUGAGGGAGAAGUAGUUUUUGGAUUGAAGAGUGAAAGUUUGUUUGUUCGAUAUAAUGGAAAACCCCAAAACUGUAGUUAAAUAAAAUAUUGUUUAUGGUCUCGAAAUAUUUGCCACAUUUCCAUUAAGACAUACAAAAUGUAGUUUAUGCCGAUCAUAUGACUCUGUCUGGUCACAAACAUUUUAAAAUGAGCAUUGAUUUCUAAAUAACAGUCUCCUCUCCAAAGUAUUUUGAUAUCUACUUUAUGAAUCAAUGGUGUAAGAAGAACUCAAAAUCACCAAAACGUGAGAGUCAAUAUUCACUGAUCUAUAUGGUCAGUCAGAGUCUGAACUAGACCUGGGCAUUUCGGAUAUCAGUUCGGAUAUUUCGGGGUUUCGGGUAGUUCGGAUAGGUGGUUAGAGGAUCCAUUUACUACUUGACCUAUUUUCGGUUCGGUUCGGUUCGGAUAGUAAAUGUGGAAGAGAGAGAGAGAGUAACAUUUAUACUUUAUAAAUUGUAGUAAGUAUUAUUUAAAAUAAGUAAAAAUUUAAAUAAAUUAAUAACAGGUAUUAAUAAUUUAAUAAGAAAAAUAUAUAGAGAAAAUUUGAACAGAUUAGUUAAGAUUAUUGCAAUAUACAUUUAUAUCUAUGUAUAAUAACAAAAAAAACGCAUAUAAACAUAUAAUAUUACGUAUGUAACUUUUAACGACCAAAAUAAUUAUACAAUUUAAAUUAUAAGAGAAUUUUAUUUAAAUAAUUUAAAUGGAAAUAAUAAAGUUUGUAGAAAGUUUGACUAACAAAUAAAUAGGUUAUUGAAAAUAUUUAUUAAUUAAUCAAAAUUAAAUAUUGGACAAUUGCUAUGUUUCAUAAGCUGAUAAGUUUCUUUACAAAA